CCGGAAGAGAUAGGAAAUCUGAAAAAGCUCAGGUUGUUAGAGUUGUGGAACUGUAGAAGUCUCAGAAAAAUUCCACCAGGUGUCAUCACAGACCUCCCCGGAUUAGAAGCAUUAUCCAUGAAAGACAUGUACGGAGUACAAGCAUUACCUAUCAAAGGCGUGGACGAAUUCACAUGGGAAGUUGAAGAACAUGGUAAAAAAAGAAAUAACGCAAGCCUCAAAGAUCUGGAGUCUUUGUCCAAAUUGACUACUUUAGAAAUUAGCCUAGGAGAAUUGGAGCUUAUUCCUAGAAGCCUACGCCUUUGCUCGAAAUUGACAAGAUAUGCUAUAUAUGUCGGUGCUCAUGCCUAUUCUGUAGAACAUGAUUGGCACAAAUUUAUGCAUCUCACACUCCCCACAAUAACUACUUUUCCAGACUGGGUUAGUGAACGAAUAAAAGAAUCUGAAGUUCUAUGGUUGAAAUCUGAUGGUUCAAAGAGUGUAGUGGAUGAGUUGAACUUGAAUGGUUUUCUACACUUGAAGGAACUGAGGAUUCAAAACUGUGGUAAGCUGGAAUAUCUUACUAAUGCAGUUGAUGGGCGGCUCCAACCUAGUGUUUUCAUUUUUCCAAUCUUGAAUACCCUUGAUCUCAGAGAAUUGGCUAAUUUAAUUGGGGUUUGUGGAGACCAACUUCCUGGGGCGGGGUCCUUUAGCGAGCUAAAAGAGUUGCAGCUGGGGUGCUUACCUUCACUAACACAGUUAUGGAAGUGUCCGACUCAAAAUGUUUGCCUUGGCAAUCUUAGAUUGGUUUUUUUACAUGAAUGUGGGAGCUUGGGAAGUCUUUUAUCACUCUCAAUUGCUAGCGGUAUGGCUCAACUCGAAGAACUCCACAUAAGCAAUUGUGGCAAGCUGGUAGAAGUCUUUUCAGAUGAAAGUGGAGAUGGAAAUGUAACUAGCAAGAUCAAAUUCCCCAAACUAAAGACAAUAUAUCUAGCAAAUCUACAAAGUCUCAUUCGUUUUUGUGGAAGGAUUGAUGGCAUUGAGUUCCCUCGAUUGAAUGACUUGAAAGUUUAUAAUCUGCCAAUAAUUAAGGAAUUCUACCCCAACAGCUACAAUGACAAUACCCUCGAAUUGAAAUUGCUUUUUGAUCAAAAGCUUCUUUUUGGUAGCUUUAAGCGGUUGGAACUCUAUCAAUUGCAGAAUGUGAGUGAGAUAUGGUGCAGCCAGAUCCAAACUAGUUCGUUUAGUAAACUUGAAAAACUGGAGGUUGAAUCUUGCAACGAUUUGAGACACUUAAUCUAUCCUUCUAUGGCUAGGGCUCUCGUGCACCUUCGAUACUUGAGAAUACGAAAUUGCCAAGUGAUGGAAGAAGUAGUUGUAAAGGAAGAAAAAAAAGCAAAAGAUGAAAGGAGGAAGAAUGAAAUUUUGUUCCCUCAAUUGAGAGCUUUGGUACUUGGCGAUCUUCCCAAGCUACGGAGCUUUUUUCAGGUGAAACAUGGGUUGGAUCUUCCAUCCUUAGAUUUCCUCUCGGUCUUUUGUUGCGAUGAAUUGGAGGCCUUUUCUCUGGGAUCCUUAAGCACGCCAAAGCUGAAGGCCGUUUCAUCUGAUUAUGGAGAUGUUUGGGUGCACGACCUUAAUACCACCAUAAAACUCAUAUAUGAAAAGCAAAAGUCUCAGGUCCCUCCGGAUUUUCGAUUGCAUCCGACAGAAGAGGAGCUUCUGUGUUACUACUUGAGGAAGAAAGUUGCCCAUGAAAUGAUAUACUUCAAUGUAAUUCGUGAGGUUGAUCUUAACAAGCUUGAACCAUGGGAUAUCCAAGAGAGGUGCAAAAUAGGAGGCACCCCACAAAAUGCAUGGUACUUCUUUUGUCACAAAUAUAGAAAAUACCCGGCCGGGAGUCGCACUAAUAGUGUGACUACAGCCGGAUUCUGGAAUGCUACAGGCCGUGAUAAGGUCAUAUACAGCUGCAAUAGAAGAAUUGGAUUGAGGAAGACUUUGGUGUUCUACGAAGGGUGGGCGCCAAAUGGGCAAAAAUCAGAUUGGAUCAUCCAUGAAUAUAGGCUAGAUGAUAGCACCCACGAGACCAAGGGCUCGAAUCUAAAACGUAUUUCAACUCUAGAAGAUCCUUGGGUUGUAUGCCGAAUUUUCAAAAAGAGAAACUUCCACAAGACCCUCCAGAGUCCCCAACGCACAUCGUCGUCUCCGGAUUCAAAGACCCAACCUUAUAACUCAAUCGACAAUGAUGGUGUUCUUAAUUAA